UUAACCAUCUGUAUGUCAUUUUUUCUCAAUUAUAGUGUUUGUGAAAAGACCCCAAAUACAUCUCUUGCUCUCAUUUGGUAUCUAAAACCCUUCUGUACCCCAGUGUCCUUUUGUCAUAUCCAGACACCCACAUGCCCCCUUUAUUAGACCCUCCAUACUCAGCUCAAAACAUUAAGAAACUCUCUCUCUCUCUCUCUCUCUCUCUCUCUCUGUCUCUCUCUCUCUCUCUCUCUCUCUCUUUGCAUCUCCAAAUUUGGUUUUCUUGUAUCUUCUAGUAUAGAUUUGCAAGCACAAAAAUUUCCCAAAACUUUUUCUUUAUUAACAUGUAAUUUUCUUCCAUGUUUGGUGUUGCUUUGGGAUAAUUAAAGAUUCAUUUAUUUGAGCUUGUGAGCAACUUUUUGUAAACAUCACACUUUCAAACUCUGAUACUAUUAAAUCUUUUGCUUUUCUAAUCCUAGCCUCCUACCUAGAUGAUGCCUAUUUCUUUUUUUUGUUUGUUUGUUUAUUGAGGUUUUUAUGUAGGUAAAACCUAACAGAAGUUUUCAUAACUUAGAACCACAUUCAUCUUUCUUUCUCUUUAAUUGAGAACAGAACAAGAAGCAGAAGAGAGAAACCAGGUUCAAGCUCAGACUUUUUAGUUUUGUUUGUUCCUUAAGGUUCAAGCAAAAAGUGGCCUCCAAGGUGAAGCAAAUAAGUAAAGGCUUUACUCAAUACAUGAGUGUCAUGAAUUCUCUUCUUUCAAUAUCUUUUGUGGUCCGAUUCAUUGAAGAUAACAACUAAACUGAUCAAGAAGCAAACUUAGUCAACUGUGAUCAAGCAAUGGAGAGACUUGAUCAUCCUCAUCGUCUUCAUCGUCUACUUCUCGAUACACCAAGCACAUCAGCAAAUAAUGGAACUACCAGGACUCGCAAUUCUUACACAAAUGAAGCCAAUUUUGACACCAACAUGGUGAUCAUACUGGCAGCUUUAUUAUGCGCCUUAAUUUGUGCUCUAGGACUGAACUCGAUCGUUCGUUGUGCUCUUCGUUGUAGCAGAAGGUUUGCUUUCGAGACCCCGGAUGAAACUGCAGCACGUUUAGCAGCCACAGGGCUUAAAAAGAGUGCAUUGCGCCAGAUUCCAGUUGCAGUUUAUGGCACUGCAGGGAUAAAGAUUAAAGCUACAGAUUGUACAAUUUGUCUUGGAGACUUCAUGGAUGGUGAAAAAAUCAGAGUCUUGCCAAAAUGUAACCAUGGUUUCCAUGUAAUGUGUAUUGAUACAUGGUUGUUGGCUCACUCUUCUUGCCCAACUUGUAGACAGUCAUUACUGGAGCAACCAACAACAGCAACAAGUUCUGAUGCAGCUGAUGUGGAUUCUGAAACCAGGCAUAAUCCUGGAAAUGCACCAGGGCUACAAGGUGAUGUUUCUAUAACUGUUGAUGAGGUGGGUUAAGGCUAGAUAGUUUGAAAAUAUUCCUCUAAAUGAUUGAAUAAAUAAGAAAAAGAAAAAGGGUUUUUUUGUUUGGGGGGUGUCGAUUAUUUGCCAAGUUAGGUUGUAACGAAAGGUUCCUGAGGCUCUUCUGUGAAUGUAUAUACAAACUUGGAUUUGGUUGGAGAUAAAUAUGGUUCUUAAAGGUUAAUUUCUUGUUUGGGCUAUUCAAUUCAUUUAAGAUUUUGUCAAGAUCUAGAGGAUUACUGAAUUGAAAUAACAUUGAUUUGUUCAAGUACAAGAAUUAGCUUUAAAACUUUUCACUUAUUCUUUUUCAUAGCCAUGUCAUUAAGUUUGAAGUAGAGAUCUGCCUUCUAAAAGUGAAGAGUGAAAAGGGUUAAAAAAAUAGAGAAACAGAUUUAACAAAGCAGAUAGAAUUGCCUUUGCCUCCAGUGUGGGUGAUGAUUGU